UUGUCCAAGAUGGCGAACUGAGUGCCGAAGUGUUUCACAGCGUUGCUUGUUUUUCUUUUCGAAAAAAGAGAAAUUCUAUGUAAGCAUGGAUCAAAAUGAUCCAGAUGAUGAUAGUUCAAAAUCCUCGGAUGAUGAUGCAAGCCCAGAUAACUCUGAUGUAGGGGAGGAAGGCCAAAUUGGUCGGCUGAAAGAAGAACUAUCAGAGAUUCCUUUUUGUGAACUUGAAGAGCUUAAGCAUAAAGUUGGCUCCAAAAGGUACAAUGAAGCAAUUCAUGGUCUCUUUGACAAGAAAGGAACCAAUGUAACAAAGUCACUUAAAAGAGAAAACAAAAACAGGCCAAGAGAAUUGUCAUCAAAGAAACCAGUUCCCCGACUAAGACAAGUUAUUCCAGUUAAAAAAAAAAUGGCAAGAGAUCCCAGAUUUGAUGAAUUGUCAGGCACUUUCAACCAAGAAAUGUUUGAUAAAGCAUAUUCUUUCCUAGAUGAUGUAAAGGCAAAUGAGAAAAAAAAAUUACAGAAAGAAGUGCAGAAAACCAAGCAGCCAGAGAGAAAACUACAGUUGGAGUCAUUACUGAAGAGAAUGGAUCAACAAGAAGCCACAAAAAAAGCUGCAGCUCAAAAGAGGGACGUAGAGAGAAAGAGAAAAAAGGCAGAACUGGAAUUAGUGAAGCAAGGAAAAACACCUUAUUACUUGAAGAAAUCUGAUAAGAAGAAGUUGGAGCUGGCGGAGAAAUUCAAAAAACUAAAAUCGUCUGGGAAGCUGGAGCAGUAUCUCAAGAAGCGAGGAAAGAAAAACACGAGUAAAGAGAGAAAGAAAAUGCCGCACAGAAGAGUCAUGGAGGUGUGAGGAACGACGAGAGAGUUUUGGAAAAACGGUCAAUGCUAAUCAUACACUCACCAAUCAUAACAUGUGAGCUUGGAGCCCGCGAUCACAGUGCGAGAAAGUGCGCUUGAGAAAUGUUUGGACGAGGAUAUGCGAACGGAUUGAUUUCGUUUCCCUCGACGACGCGACAGGAUCGCAAUGAUUUUCUCCCAAUAACGUGAGGAAAAUGUUUUCAAGCCGUAUGGCUAUUCGAAUAUGAAAUUCUUCUCAUUUUUAACUAAGGUUUUUUUCCACUUACUUUCAUCGAGAAUGUUUGUUUUAUUAUUUCAAGGAACUUGUACCUUGGUAAAAAGAAACUGGGGCCUUGAGGUAGUGGGGAGUAUACAGUUGUCAAAUGCUUCCAGUAUUUGAGUUACGGGAAAAUAGUUAAAUUAUGCAAUGUUUAUAUAAGAAUAAAAUGACCAAAAUUUAGCUUUAGUUUUUAAUGAGGCAUGUAAAGUAGACGUAUAUUUGGAAAUUGCGUGCGCAAAAUUUCUUCACGACGCUUGUGACGAAGUGCUAAUAAGGAGGGCGAGCUCGCGGGCUACCUCUGGGGCCGUAUAUUUCAUAGACAAGUAAUAAAAUCCGUGAAAAGUUGUAACUUUA